AUGCAAAAGUAUUGCUUCGAAGCACUUGAUAGAAGUUUGAAAGACAUCAUGCAGUCUGUGGAUCCUUCUAAUAAGUACAAACCAUUUGGUGGUUUGGUUAUCAUUUUCAAUGGUGAUUUUAGGCAGAUAUUACAUGUAAUACCGAAAGGAAGUAGACAAGAUAUCGUGUUCUCAGCCGUAAGUUCUUCUCAUCAAUGGGAUUCCUGUAAGGUGUUGAAACUGACAAGAAAUAUGCGUCUACAAAGUGGAUCUUCUAAAACAAGUUUCAAAGAGGUGAAAGAAUUUUCAGAAUGGAUACUUAGUGUUGGAGAUGGAAAUGCAGGAGGGCUGAACGAAGGCGAGGCUGAAAUCAAGGUGUCAAAUGAUAUUCUCAUAGAAGGGGAAUCUGAUCCUAUAGCGGCAAUUGUGGAAAGCACAUAUCCUUUCCUAAAGGAUCACUUGUGGGAGCCAAAAUAUUUCCAAGAAAGGGCUAUUUUAGCUCCAACAUAUGAGAUAGUUGAGAUGGUAAAUGAUUACGUACUAUCCUAUUUACCAGGAGAUGAGAAAGUGUAUCUCAUUUCAGAUGCGAUAAGCAAUAUUGAAGGCAAUUUAGGAGCGAGUAAAAUUUACUCAACAUGA